UGACUAAAAUGUAAUCGCUUUCCAUUGAAUCAGUGUCAGAAACCCUGCUAUUAAGAGAUUGAGAUCAACAGGGAACCGUUUGAAGAAGUUUCUGAUCCGUUUUCUGAAUCAGAUGAUGCGUUCUCAUUGGAUUCGUUUUUAAAUCAGAUAUAGUUUUUCUGAGGCAAUUGCAAAACAACUGAACUUAAAUGUUUUAGUUUAAACUCUCAGUGAAUUUUAUAACUGGAGAAUGUCUUGUUUUUAACGAGAAGAAAGAUGAUGGCAAAUAAACAGGGAACGAGCAGCGGCCCUCGGAGACAUCAAGGGCCCCUGGAAAGGUCUAGGGUCCCGGAUGAAGCACUAUCUUCGACAUCAGGAACUGACAAAAGCCCCUCAUUGCAAACACUGAAAGAGGAGGUUGUCAACUUAAUACAGAGCUUUCCGGAUGGACUUGAAGUGUCAAGGUUAAUCUUUAUGUACAGGAGGGUCUACGGCAAGAGGUUUGGACCGUUGAGCAAUUAUGGUUUGGAAGGCCUUCAGGAGUUUUUUGAAGAGCUCAGUGACCAAGUGCGUGUGGAAAGGAUUAACAAUAAAAACAUUAUCAAAUCUGUAAACACUGUUCACAGGAAUCUACAGCUUCCCAUGUUUCAAGAUGGAAAUAUGGAUGAUGCUCCUAAGAAAGCAAUUCGUAAGAAGGUUAUCAAAUUAUUGAAAAAGCAUCCUCAAGGAAUUCCUCUUAAUAAAUUAGCAGAGGUCUUUGCUCAGAAACAUAAACAAGCCCUUUUGCCAGCUGAGCUGGGCUUCCCAUCAAUGGAAAGCUUUGUGGACUCUCUCAGCAGGGAUCUGUUGAUGGAGGAUGGUGUGGUCUUUCACAAUAGCAACAUAGUUCUUACAGGUGAAGACUUUGAAAAGAGAUGCAAAGAAGUUGUGGAUUUGGUAAAAAGCCACCAGGAAGGCAUUCCUCUUUCAAAAAUAGCAGUGUUUUUUAAUAGCGAAUAUGGGAGGCCUCUGAGAAAGAAAGAACUUGGGUUUUCAUCAAUGGCAGAGUUCAUUGACUCUCUCAACCAAGAGCUUUGUGUUGAAAAUGGCCAAAUUUUCUACAAGGUUGCAAAGCCUGAAGCUUCGACCCAUACAGCACCGCCUGUGCAUGUUGAUGGGGUUUUCAAAGACGUCGUGGAGCUGGUUAAGGACCAUCCCACAGGCAUUCCUCUUAGGAGGUUGUCUCAACUUUUCAAUCAAAAGUAUCGGCGUAACCUCGCUGUGUCAGAGUUUGGUUUCAAAACAGUCGCCUCCUUCGUUGAUUCUCUGAGCGAUGAGCUAUUGGUGGAGAAAGAGAGAAUCUUCCACAAGAAUCACAGAGCAGCACCUGCAGUCCCAACACCUGCAAACCUACCAAAAGUGAACAAUGACUCGACACCUGCAAACUCAACAACCCCUGUAGUUAGUUUUGGAGCUGACUUUGCUCAAAGAGGUAGUGAAAUGACGCAAGAGGAACUGAUGGAUAAAGUUAAAGAGGUUAUAAAAAAGUAUCCAUCUGCACGCCAUUCCAUUACUGAAUUGCAGAAUGGCUUCUUCCUCCUAUUUGGGUCGGCACUUCCAUUAGAUCUCUAUAAGACAUUGUUUGACAAUCAUACAGCUAAACAGCUUUCUUCCUCUUGUCUUGUUGUAAAUAAUAAACCAGCAGUAGCGAAGUGCCUUGAAGCAGCACACAAGAAGCUUGUUGAGGAAGUAAAGAAAGUUAAGCCCAUGCCUGUUGUUGUAAAUGAACAAGUGGUCCGGUCCAAGGCAGGAUCCCCUAUGCUUCGGUUUCAAAGUUUAACCGCCCCACUGAUGGCAACCCCAAGUAAUCUGUCCACUGGUGACUUCCCAGUUCUUGGUUCUACGCUGUCCAAAGCCGAGGAGAAGAAGCUGAAGGAGGGAAGGGGGCCUGUUUUCAGUGAGUCCUACUACAGCCAAGUGAGAGACGUCCAUGGUGCUAACAUGAGGGCAGCAGAAGCCUUGCUGGAAGAUGAAGACAAUGUUGGGAGACGGAGAAAGGCAGUGAGCUCAAAGGAAGUGAACUCUUUGGUAGAGAACGUCAUGAGGGCCCUAGCAGCCGAAGGAGAGCAUGUCACCAUCGAGAGGGUGGUCAGCAGAGUUUGUUCACUUCUACAAGUGUCCAGCUUGAAAGAUAUGAAUAUCGACGCUCGUCGGCAUCUGCCUGCGGUGCAGGACCUUCAGCGCAGCAUUAAGGAGAUCAAUACGUAUAUUGAGUCAGUGGAAGCUGUUUCCUCUAUAUGCACGCUUUACGAAUUGGGACAGGCUUUGGCCAACCUGAAGAACAAGAAACGCUUUGAAGAACUCCAUCUGGGCCCUCUCUGCAAGAUCCCUCUUAUUCACAGAAUGUUCAAAAUGGAUGCAAAUACUAAAGAUGAUGAUGUACAUCAGAUUGCGACCGUGGAUAUUCUUAGGAGUCUCCGAAUGUUCAGAAGAAAAAGCAAGACACCUAGAGUUGACCUUGCUGACUUCAUGAAGCACCUUGCAGACCAGUACAGCUGUGAGUCACCAUAUGAACUUGGCAUCAGAAUUCAGAGUCUUGGGUUGCCUAUUUCGACGUUGAAUAAAGCAUCUGCUGCUGAGUUUUGCCACAUGGACACAGCCAGAGAAGCCAUUCAGAAAGAGAUUCAGGAGGAGGUGGAUGCCAAAAUGUUUAAGAUCAAGAAGAGUAUCAUGGAUCCAGCCCAAGGACCUGUGACCUUCUCCCAGAUUGGCAACUCUGAGCUGAGGAAAAAAUAUGUAAAUAUGACCGCUGCGGAUGCAGUCAUGGAAGUCUUCAUCAAUUCUGAAAGUGUCUUUAACAAGAGUAUGACAAAGACUAUUCAGACGUUCCUGUUAUGUAUAAACCGAGACAGGCUUGCUAGAGCCUUAUUCCAGCUUGCUAUAUGCUGUGGCUCCUUGGACGCCCCUCAGGACCUGGUAGCUAAAGAAAAACCACAGAAAAAAACAGAGGCAAAGAAAUCUACAGAAGAGAGAGCCACAGAGAUGCUCCCUACUGAAGCUGACGUGAAGAGCUAUUUUCAAGAGUGUGUCACUAGUUUCAAGAGCACACCUACUCUGGCCCACCUUCGCACUCUGGAAAAGAGGAUCGCAGAGAAGUUCAAGUUUAAAGACUUCAGCCAGCUGCAGCAAGGAACCUUCCUUGAUUUCAUUUUCCACAACAAGAAGGUCCUGCAGGAGGCAGCAGGGGGCGCCGUCUCUAUCGACAGCCAGGAUCCUGGAACGGACGGCUUCAGACCGUGCAGACAGGAUGUGUUUGAGUUCAUCAAGCAGUGCGGGGAGGGAGAUGACAGCAGACUGCCGUUCAUCGAAGCCGCUCUGAGGAAUCAUUACCGGAUCAGAGAUAGUCGAGAGCUCGGUCACGGGCCGCUCAGUUUUCUUGUCAAGUGCACUCAGAAGCAGAAGGAGCUAAGCGGAGACGCUGUCGCUAGUGUGGUGCGCUACGAGUGUCCUCUGCUGCCCAUAGGUUCAGGGGAGUGUGUGGUGGACUCCGUGGGUAUUCUGGGCGAGCUGAGCCGUGAUCAGGCGCGGGCGAGUUUGCUGUCGGCUCCUCUGCUGCAGGAUCUGGAGGAAUGGAGUCAGUGGCAUCUGGUGUUUCAGCCCAACCACGGCCCUCUCAAAGACUUCAUCGACAAGUACUGUGGUAAGACGGAGCUGCUGGCUCUCGAGGUUUCUCCCGGCGUCCUGCUGCGGGUCACCGCUGACACCGGGGACAAACACUUCUCAGAGGCCACACAGGCUCUGGACCCCGUGGGCACCGCCGGACACUUGGUCUCCAUCGUGGUGGCUUACGGGAUCCCAAACACGCCCACGGCGCUCCUGGCCAAUCACAUGGAGAGCGCGCUGAAUGUAGCGGUCGCACAGGAAGAGAUAAGGCCCGGUGAGGAUGGUUACUCGUACGGCUGUGUGGCUCGGUUUGUGCUUGAAUGCGUUGCUCUGAUGCCUACGAGAAUCUGCAAGGAGCUCCUGCAGCAGGUGUUUUUGGAGCCGCUGUCGAAAGUGCUCGGUCAGACCAGAUCAAAAACAAUGCUGCUGGACGCUGCACGAUCACACACACGCUUCCUGAACAAACUGCAUCAGAUGGGGCUCCUGCUGGGAAUCACAGAGUGGAGGAGCCACUUCAACUACAAACUGCUUCUGCAAGCUCCUGCUCAACUGCCUUCAGAGAUCAAGAAGUUUGUGGUGGAGGACUCUAUGAGUGACAUGUCUUCAGUGAAUGAGAUGGAUAAUGAGGAGGAAACGGAGCUCAGCACUUCCUCCAGCAGAGUCCAUCAGCAGGGUGAGCCUCGCUUCUUACUGUUUUUGUCUGUUCUUGUGCAUGAUAGUUUCAUUACACUUUGACAUUGUUAAUUAUAAUGUUUGCAAUAUUUCAGAAAUGGUGUGAAGAAGUCUGUUCAAAAGCUGUUCAAAGUCAAAAGUUAAAUUAAGGCUGAAUGUCUUUUGUUACUUCUUAGGUUCGAUAAGAGAACAGAAAGUGGUCAUGAUUUUGGUGCAAAAAAAAAACACAUUUGUGUUAGUAAAAUUGACAUUAAAUAACAAUAAAAAAAAUGUUAAUGUGUAGAAACAAUAUGUCUGAAAACUAAAAGGAAAAAUAAAAAUAGUGAUUGAAAAAAUUAUGGGAAAAUAUGGUAUAAAAAGAAAGAAAAAUGAUAAAUGUGAAGAAGAAUAUGGGUUAAAAAUUAAAUUAAAAAGCUAUAUAUAAGGAGUGUAGAAAAGUAUGGCUUGAAAUAAAACAGUAAAAAUAGAGGUAAAAUGUUUAGAGAAAUAUGGCUUAAAAAUGUAAUAAAAUCAAUAAAAUGUAAAGAUUUUUUAAAUAAUUUUCAUGAAAUAUAAAAACAAUGAAAAUGGUGAUAAAAACAUAGAAACGUGCUAAAAUGUGCAAAAAAAUUAUGGCUUACGAAUUAAAUGAAAGCAAUACAAAAUAAAAUGAUUGAAAUGAAAGUUGUCAUAAAAAAACAAUAGAAAAA